UGUAACAAAGCGUUUGGCAAGAUUCGCUUACUCAAUACUUAUUAAUUCAUAUAGUUGUUUACUUCGCAAUGCAAAACAUUUUUGCAGCCAUAGGGGCGAAUAGUUAUUUCACAUUUUUCUCAGUUUUCUUUUUUUAUGUAUUUUUUUAAUAGAGUUUUUUUAUGAUACUCGAUGUUAAAAAUAUAAAUAAAAUUUAUAAGCUCGCUAACAUAUUUUGUAUCGAAAAAAUGUAAGCAUCGUAUUUUUAAAAUAUAAAUCGUGCGAAGGUAGUGAGAACUGAAGAAUGUACAAAAAAUAGAAUUCAAGGUUUAGGAUGAUUUCUUUGUUAAGCCGUUUAUACCUAUUCUAAGCGUGAAUUCUAGGCAGUUACUGAUGUAGAUAUAAUAGAAUGGUUAAAAAUUCCUGUCCGAUAGCCUGUUUUGUAAAUCGGGAUAUCCGUCACGAUGUCACAUAUCAGUCUCAAGGAUAAAAAUGCAGUUAAUACAUACUACGCUCUUUGUUGAUUAUUACAAAUAAAGUCAUCAAAUAAAGGAUUUAUUUUUUUCUGGAAUGUACUAGAAAGUUAACCUUGCAUGAAUCAAGUAACGAGAUUAAUAACUAUUGCAUUGUUCUCUCUUUCUGUAACAAUAUUAUUUUUUAAUUCUUGGUCCAUAAUGCAUAAGUUAAUAUUUUAUUGUUAUAUCAAAUUAAAAUAUAGAUGACUUUAGUUAACAUUGAAUCACAGCUGUCUGCUAACAGAUUGUUAUCGGAUUAACAAAUACACACUAUAUCAAACACAGAAAGGUAUGUCGUAAACAUUGAAUUGUUUGUCAAACAUCUGGACCGAUUAAAGUACAUGAAUGUCUAUAGUCGAAAAAAAAUUUCGACUACAGACCAGUUGUAUUUAUCGAAUCAUCUCAUCUCGUUUAGCAAGGAUCUGAUUUACGUCUAAUAAUUCGGCAUAGCUAAAGAGCUCUCAUUGCGUCUUGAACGCACAGCUGCUCUUGUAAACAGGGUAAUUUAUCGUAGCUGAAUCUCCCGCGCGUAUUCACGAUAUGAUGCAACACAGAGGUGAUUCAUUCGUAAUAUUUGCGUGUAAUAUUUGCGCGCAUGAUUAGUUUGUUUAUUCCAAAAUAUGUGUAUUAUUUUCUGCAGCGAUAGCAAGAAACGUUUUCUAUCGAUUUUAAAUUAAUUUAAAUAUAAUAUAACUGUCAAUGUGUUUGCAGUAGUGAUAAAGUUGGAAGACUCUUUGUCUUGUGUACAAUAAACGUGUCUGCACUCUGUGAAAUAUGUUGUAAAAAAUUGAUGCAAUAUGUAGUCCAGAUACAGUGACCUGUAAUAAAUCAGUGAGUUAGGAAGGCCUUAGGAAAAGCGUCUCGAAACGACGGAAGAAACCGUUAAGCAUUGACCAACAGUUUUUUGGAAUAUAUAUAAUUUUAAACCGUAGUGAUUUAUUGCUAUGGUCAUUGUUUUGAUCAAAUAACUGAUUUUAACAAAAUGUUUCCGUACGUUGAAAGAUUGUCUAUUAUAUUAUAUCUAAAUACAUUAUACAUUUGUUCAUAUGCUAUUUUAAAUACGCAUUAUGAUUCCUAUAUGAGACAUUAUUUCUUACAUUUUUUAUAUCUUUAUCACAUUUCCUUUUUUUUUUUAAUAAGAAAAUAAGGAUAGUUGCGAUUCUCAACCAGACGAAAAUUGAAGUGUUAAUUGUCGACCUCAAAAAUCCAGAAGUAACUUCGUUAUUUUUAAUUCGUAAUUUUAUGAGGAGAGAUAUUUCUUCCUCUAGAAUGUGUAUGAAAAGAGAGAAAAUAAAGUCGCAUUGCACGUUUUAUGCAUUCACAUUUUACAAAUAGCGAGCACGUCAGAACAUGUCACUGCGUUAACAACGACAGUUUUGUACAGAUAAAUAACAGCACAUUUUAAAACAAUUCCCACGUGAGAGUGCCCUGCACUCGCUCUCGUAUGCACCCGUGCAAACCGUGCAUCGGAUCGCGUUGCGCGCGCCAGCCACACUUAUGACGCGCGCAUACGCAUGCACAUACACAUAUGUCGGCACGCAAUGUUUGCCCUUCUCUGUCAGAUGAUCCUCUAUUGCACGCCUUUGUGUUUUACCGCUGCUACAGUCGAUGCGCGCUAACAAUCUGUCCUUUUUCAUCGAUGUGUCGCGCCGUUCACGUCGUGACAAGAAUUGAUCGAAUCGCCCGUAACAUUUUUUUACCAUUAAAAUUUUGCACGCCACUAUUACAGCAGAACAAGAAAACAUCCAUAGCGCAUCUUUUUCUGAAAUAAAAAUCACGGCAACGAAAAAUAAAGGAAUUAUAUGACGUUUAUUUAAUUUUUGUUCUAUUGAAGAUUACAGGACACUCUUGUAAAAGGUUGAAAUAUUUACAAGGGAUACAAAUAUACCAACUGAAAAUAAAUUAAAUAUAUCGCAUGUCUGGUUGUGUGUGUGCAAAUUGCCUAAACCACUUCCGAUAUUAUCUUGACAGGAUGUAGCCCAAAUUAAAUAAGCGACUACGUUGCACGAGGUAUAUCCUGCAGACGGCGUGAAUUCCCACACAUCAACAGGUCUCAGGAGGGCCGAGGACCUCCCCACCUUUAGGGUACCCAAUAUCCCACUCCGGGACGCACUUUUCCCCACUCUAUACGGGUGCAUCGGCAUGCGGUCUUCGAAAUCGAAAACAGUUACCCUCAGAUAUCCCAAGCGGGACGUCCAUCGGUGAAGAUGGACUUCCCGGCACGUCACCUUAGAAUUUUGAACUCACACGUUGAUACGAGAGCGACAAUCUGAUCCAAUCUGAUACAAUCGCCAAAAAUAUCGUUAUAUUUAUUUAAUUUAAAUAAAAACAUCGGUCUUUUACUUUAGUGAAAAUAAUUUUCGUAUUCACAUGUUUGAAAAACGCUUGGCUGUAAACAAGGUGUUCAUCAGUGCGAACGUUCAACUGUUGACUCACAUUGUGCGUGUACACAAGUAAUCAAUUGGGAUUAAUAUUUUCAAAAAUUAAUUUAAUAAUUAACUGCAGUGUGUUCGCGCCCGCGCGGAAGUUACGAUGGUCAAGAAUUUUGCUUAAUGGUGGAUUAUCAUAAUUACAAGAUGUUGGGCAGCGAGGAGGAACUCGAGCCUCAAACACAUUCGGGAAUGACGAAAGCGGAACUAAGGAGGAGCAACAAACCGAUUAUGGAAAAACGACGACGUGCUCGAAUUAAUCAGUAUCUUGAUGAGUUGAAGAAUUUCAUACUUGUUAGUGAAAAAGAUCCAACUAGGCACUCGAAACUCGAGAAGGCCGAUAUCCUCGAAAUGACGGUGAAGCAUAUACAAACGAUGCAGCGACAGCAAUUGAGUACUGCCGUCGCCAACGAUCCAGUGGUGCUAACGAAAUUCCGUACCGGAUUUUCCGAAUGUGCUACCGAAGUAUCGCGAUACAUCACCCGCCUCGAGAACGUCGACCCUGCCAUCAAGCAACGAUUGGUAUCACACUUGAACAAUUGCGUGAGUCAUCUCCAGCAAAUGGCGCCAUUCUACAGCCAGUACGUGCCCUACGUGCCGGAACGUCUCUACCCGGAGGUAAAGGUUGGCUUCCAGAGCGAUUUCCAGAAUGGGGAUGAGAAUAACAACGGUAGCGCGAGAAUACAGAUACCGAACGGAGUUCAAUUGAUUCCGAGCCGACUGCCGACGGGCGAAUUGGCAUUCUUGGUGCCGCAAUCUGCCGGGAUCUCCGCGAAUUUCCCCUUCUUUCCACCAGCUACGGAGUCAUCCUCCAGAAUCGGUCAAUCGUCGGCCUUCACCGCGGUCCAUCGCCCGCACACUCCGCUGCUGAGCCCCUCGACUUCUACGUCGAGCUACGGCGAUGAGAGCCACCAUUCGGAACAUCCACAGGCGACAACGCCAAACCAUCAUCAGCCGCAACAUCGAUUCAAAUUACCUGAGCAGAGCCCUGCGUCCUCAAAGAGCUUCUCAUCUUCGCCAGAGACCCAGAAACCGCAAAUUAGCUCGACUAGCGACCGAAAGUCACCCGCAAUAACAUUCUUGGAAUCUAAGCCCGUGGACGAUAAUGUCGCACCUAAGAAAGAUGUCGCAGAAGGUUUGGACAAUGCCAAUCAUACGAAUGGCAGCACGAUGCACGUUUUGCGACAGCCGCUUUCCGUAAUUACAGACAAAGCUUAUAAUCGCGCCUCGAGUGGUUCACUACUCAAGAGAGAUGGCCCCAGGAAACGUCAUUCCGAUGGGCUUUUGGCGAUCUCGGAUAAGAGAUUGAGAUAUCAAGAGCCUACUAGUUCGACCUCUUCGAUGAAUAAUACCGACGUGCUUAAGAGCACAAAUGAGCAAUCUCCUACAAUUCCUACCCAAGAUUUGCCAGGAAGUCAGAAUUGCCAGACGCCGCAAAACUGCAAUUCAAAUUCCGAUAAGUUUCCAGCGAGUCCAGCGAGCUCUUUUGCCACUAACGGCGAUAUGUGGAGACCUUGGUGAUCAUUAUUACGGAAAAUAAAUGAAUACAAAUAUUUCGAAAUUGUUUCAAUUGUUUUAGAUAUUUAGUACAAGGAAGAAAAUUAGAUUGUAUUUUAAUUUCUAAUUAUAAACUUUUAAAUCACAAUUAAUUGGCGAGAGUGUGCCAUGAAAAUGUCAUUUUACAUAUUUUGUUAUUUGCUAACGGUUUGCAUAAAUCAUGAAUAAUCAGGAAAGCAUUUUUGCGUGAUAUGUAUUGUGUAUUUUUUGUUAGAUUCCGCAUUUUUGAUUCUGCAAAUUCAGAAUUUGCAAAUAGAAUAGUUAAAGGAUAGUUUAAAGAUAAACAAGCUCAUUAUCGAUAGUAAGAUGGUUUCGUGCCAAAGCGUGAAAUUGAAUAUAUAUUUUUUAAGCAAGAUUGUUAAUGUAUUCGAUGCAUCGUUAUGCUGCAUCUUCGCCAUUUCAUAAAGACUCAUAAGCUUUAAAUAGAUUAAACAAACUUCGUUAAGUCUGUCACACCACGCGUAAUAUGUGAAUAGCCCUGUAAAUAUUUCCGUUAUUAUUUAAUUAAUUGAAUCUACGUUUUAAUUAUAAGCUAUAAUUUUAUGUAAAUCGAUAUUAUAAGAGUGAUAACUAUUUUUCAAUGAUCUGCGAUUUUUAACGGUGGUCAGUAUUGUUAAUUAACACGUUCACUGCCACGUGGAUUUUGAUGCGCUCCACGAAAGACAAAUUAAAGGUUAUAAUUUAAAAUUACGAUAAUUUUUUACAAAUUUUUGUUCUUAAACGAACUCUCGAUUUAUGAUACGCAGAAUUUUCUGAGUGUCAUUAAUUAGACUUUAUUCGUAUGUUGAUGUUAGAAUAUCACAUUGCGGCGACAUCAUUCAUGGCAUUCAACGUGUUAAAAUGGUGUAACUAAUUUGUGAUAAAAAAAAUAUAAUAUUGAAAUAUAAUCUUUGAGAAAGACAA